AUGAAGAUAGUUGGACUGAUAAGUGGAGGCAAGGAUUCGAUUUAUAACUUGAUCGAAUGUAUUAGGAAUGGACAUGAGGUGGUGGCACUGGCUCAUCUAUCUCCUCCAAAGUCAGAUCAUGAGGAGAUGGACAGUUACAUGUACCAAACAGUUGGACAUAAUGUAAUUGAGAUGAUUGCACAGGCCAUGGAGUUGCCUCUUACACAGGGCACGAUAAGUGGCAAGCCAAACUCACAAGAGGAGAUCUAUCGUAUCAACCGUGAUGAUGAAGUAGAGGACUUGUUCCGACUCCUCAGCGAUGUAAAGGCCAAGCAUCCAGAGGUGACAGGUGUGGCCAGUGGCGCCAUCCUAUCAACCUACCAACGUAUCCGUGUAGAGAAUGUUUGUUCAAGAUUGGGCCUUACCAGCUUCUGUUACCUUUGGAAACGAGAUCAGGAUGAACUAUUACAAGAGAUGAUCAAGUCAAAGAUGAAUGCAAUCAUUAUAAAGGUUGCUUCUAUGGGUUUGGAACCAUCAAAGCAUCUUCUAAAGACAAUUGAGCAACUCUAUCCUACUCUCAAGAAGUUGAACCAGCAGUAUGGCGUCAACAUAUGUGGCGAGGGUGGUGAAUACGAGUCACUAGUACUCGACUGUCCAAUCUUCAAGAAGAGAAUCCAAUUAGACGAGACCAAGGUCAAGAUACACUCAGAUGAUGCAUUUUCGCAGGUGGCAUUUGUGUCGAUCAUCAAGUCAUCACUCGUGGACAAGUCAGCUGAGGAGUUGGCAGAGUGUGCAAAGGAGCAACUACAACCUUAUGAUGCUUGGAGAUCAUUGGCAACAUGGAGCGAUCAUUUCAGCUUUGAUACUACUCCAGUAUCAGCUUUGGAGCCAUUCAAACCAAACAUUCAUCAGUUGAGUCAGUCGUCCACAUCAUCAUCAUCACCCGCAGGACUACUUGCAGCGUAUGGCUCACUUGAGUUGCGCGAGUCGUCCAGAGGUUACUUCACAGUUCGAUCACACUCGGGAUGUAGUACUACCUCAGCCGCCUCGAGUAAUGCUGGUGAGGUACUCUCAUCAAUCUUGGACAAUCUAAACAAAUUGUUGAGUGACAAUAGCUUGUCUUUGGAGCACCUGCUGUUUGUAAACUUGUACUUGGCCGACAUCAAUGACUUUGGUGCGAUCAAUCAGGCAUACUUUAAGCACUUCAAGGACAAUCCAGCUGCUAGAGCAUGUGUCCAAGUAGGCCUCCAGCAUCCUGGCCAGCGAGUGAUGCUGGAUGUCGUCGGAAACAGACAGACCAAGAAGAGUCUACAUGUCCAAUCAAUCUCCAACUGGGCGCCAGCAUGUAUUGGACCAUACUCGCAGGCUACACACUGCAAUCAAACAUUGUUCCUUGCUGGUCAGGUCGGCCUUGAGCCAUCCAGUCUACAACUAGUGCCCAAGGGAGUAGAGUGCGAGCUACAGCAGAUCAUCAUUAACCUGGCUAGCGUGCUCCAAGCUUUGGGAGACAACAGUCUAAAGUCUACUUUGCAGGUGGUGGCCUUGCUCAAAGAAAUCAAGUGGUCCAACCUCGUCCAAUUCUAUCUGGAGAAUGUGUUCCGUGACAACAGGGUCAAGCCAUUGCUGUUGGUAGCCGAGGUCGGCGCGAUGCCCAAGGGCGCCAACGUGGAGCUGUUGCUCCUGAACGAGACAACAGAGCAGGUGUCUGAGUUUGGCCACUUUGCCACCGAGAAGAACUUCCACGACGCAGUCAAGGGAUUGUCCACGGGCUACAGCCACAUUGUCAGCAACCCUGGACAAACAUCACUGAUGAACUUCCAUCUGUCUAUCGAUGUGGAUGACAGCAGCACUAUAUCAGCCAGUCAGGUCGCCGCCUACUUUGCCGCAUCACUUAAAGAUGUCCUCUUGGCCGAAGUCAGUGCGCCCCUAAUCAAUCAUAUUCAAUCCAGUAUCGUCUACAUCAAGAUCUAUUAUAUCCGAACAAUAUCCACCCUUGACACUGAAUUAUUCAACAAGUUGUCAGAGGCAUUGGAAGGAGUUUCUAUCAGCUUUGUUCCAGUGAAUCAUCUGUUCAUCAAUGGUGGAUCACCAAACAUUGUGAUCAACUCUGAAGUGUUCAUCUCCCGACUCUCCACUUCAUCAUUAUCAUAA